GCGUAGUGUUGCAGAUAGAAGGGGGUGGAGGUGGGCUUUUGCCAUCUUGUCUUGGGUGCAGGUACAAAGAAGUGCACAGACAACAUUCAAUGCUCUCCUUACACUCCUUGGAUAAUUGUGUCAUCCUGGACAUCACCGCGUGUGGACUCAGACAGGAGCUGUACAGGAUUUUGCUCUUCUAGCUCCUCUGCUCUCCUCUCACUGCCUACUAUGGUCAUCCACACGAGCGGUUGCAACAUCAGCACCACAGACAGCUCCCUCCCCGGCUACAGCCCCGGCAUCGGCUCCACCCUGCUGGACUCCCCCGCGCCCCAAAGCUCUCCCGGCGGGUUGAGCCGGAGCGGACACACGGUAGUGGCGGUAUGCCUCGGCUUCAUCUUAGUAGCAGGAGUCCUCGGGAACUUCUUCGCUCUCGUUGUCUUUGCAAAGUUUCGCUCCCUCUGGACGCCGAUUAAUCUCAUCCUGUUGAACAUCAGUUUAAGUGAUAUCCUGGUGUGUGUUUUCGGGACUCCCUUCAGUUUUGCUGCGAGUCUGCAGGGUAGGUGGCUCAUCGGAGAGUACGGCUGCAAGUGGUAUGGCUUUGCUAAUUCUCUUUUUGGUAAGUUACAUGUGUGCUGCAUCAAUAACUUCUUGUGUGUAUUAAACACAUGUCUGUUAAAUUCAGGAGUUUGUAUGAUUGAAUCAGAAAGUUCAGAUUUCAUCAGAAGUUUUCCCUGAUCCUGGGGGACAUGGAUUACCUGCGAGUGACACUGUUGCGAGCUUUGGUGUAAUGAUGAAGUGUGAUACAACAAUUUGUUGUACUAUAGAUUUCUAAGAUUUCUCAAACAGAUUGCAUCUUCUCCAACAAUCCAUCAGACAGUAGUGUUGUGUCGUUAACGAACGAUUCGUUUAAAAUAACUGAAUCCUUUAAGUGAACGUACUGAACUGAAUCACUUCCUCAAGUGAUUCGUUUGUUUCUCACUUCAGUUAAGCUAAAGUGAGAGACAGCAUUGCCAGUCGAGCAAUCAGUGAACGAGGGACCGCAUGCACCGAUGCCUGAAUCACUAGGUGAACGAAUCACGCAUUGAACUACACUACUACAAUCAUUUUUGUCGGACAAAACUUCCUUUUUUACCGCUAAAUUGCCAUCACAACUUGCAUACAACAGGACACAGCAUGUAACAAGUCGUGCAUUAAACCCGCAGCAUCCUACCAUUGCAGCGGUUUGCGAGGGAACGGUGCAUGUUCAGUUUGAAUUCUUCUAAACGUUCACUGAAUGAAUCACUCACUGACUCCAAUUUCCCGAGCAGACCUGAUAAAUAGCAUACCGUAGGACAGUACACUUAAAACAUCAUGACUUAUAAAUAAGUUCAUUUUUACAAACAUGUUUGCCAAAGUAACACAGACAAACACUCUCGUCUUCUAGUCCCAGAAACUUUGAACUGAACUGAAUCCUGAAACGUUCAGCUGUGUAUCAGUUCAGGAGGUCGGAGUCGCAGGCUUCUCCCUAAAUGAUUCAGUGAUUUGGUGAACGAAUCUUUUGAACAAAUCUUUUUAGUGAACUGAUUCUAGUGAUUCAGUACAUCAAAAAGAACUGCCAUCACAAUCAGACAGUAACAGCCAUUCUUGACCUAUGAAAAUAUUCUUUUCUCUCAUGGUGUCAGUUUGUUUACUAGAGCCACAUCGAUCAGGACUGAACAUGACACUGAGCAUGUUAAGCUGGCAAAUAUCAGGGAAUUAGUGGAUGAACAAAACUGACAAAACACAAAUGGUUAUAUCAAAGUCCCAUGAGCUUCUUCUCUAACUUAGUUGUCCAAUCCCAAAGGUUCAGGGUCAACACGGUUUGUUUCAACCUGAGUGAAGAGUGCAUAAAAGUCAGCUUCAAAAUUCCUCUAGAUGUUUCAUGUGGAUAUAUGUUCCUCAUUUAGGAGCAACAAGGAGGUCCAGGGUCACCCAAGCUAUUUACUGUGUAGGAAGUGUGAGUAACUGUACAAAAUGUCAUGUCAAUCCAUUCAGCAGGGAUCAAAGUUGUUGAACAGACUGACCCCGCCAUCCACAAAGCCUUCUCCCUAUAGCAAGUCCACCAUGAAAAAUAAACAACAUGUUUUCCUCUUUUCUUUGGAGGUCCUUCGGCCUUGAGGUUUUCCUUCGCGAGAAAACAAGAAACUCUUGUGUGUGCAGUCACUGUCAGUUACACAGUACCUAUUCUAUUCAGUGAGGCCGUGUUGUUCAACAAUGUGAAAAGACAACCAAUUUAGACCCUAUGAUUGGUCCCUUAUUGUCUUUUAUCUGUGAGUAUUGACAUCAGACAGAGGGCACUUAAAAUACAAAGCUAUACUCGUGCAAAUAAUAUACUAAUAUUCUUAUAAUAUCUAGGGUGCCUGUCAGUCUUGGACAUGUAUUUUUCCUACUAUACAGCUCUCCUGGUCCUUACACUAAUCAGGUGAAAGUAAAGAUGUAAACACAAAUAAGUAGUGUUAGACUGAUAUCACUUUUUCCAUGGCCGAUGCCGGUGCUGAUAGUAAGAAGGGUCAGUGGCAAUAUGUAAUGCCAAUUUACUUUGCCAAUAUCUCUUUCUGUUUUCUUUACUUUCUUUUCUGCAUUUGAAAAAAAAUACAUAUAAAGUCUUAUAGCUUAUGAAAAAUAAUUUCAAAUACAUUUUGACAAGAAUUUUGUUCCAGCAAAAUAUUGCAGUAAGGAACUUUUGACUUUUGACUCUUUUUUUAACAAAUAGGUAUGAAAGACAAAAAACUAAUUCAAAUUAAUAAAGGAAAGCCAGGUGUACAUCCCUUAUUCCAGACACAUUAAAAUCUGAUCUCAACUUGUUUAUCUUAGCUGGUAACAUGUUUUGGAUGUAUUUUUACUGAACUGAUGAAAAACACAAAUACACUUGGUUAUGCUAUAGAAUUCUGAACAUGGCCAACCAAUAUCAGGAGAUAUAUUUGACCUAUUAUUCUAUAUAUAAUAACAGAAUUUUUAUGAAACACUAGCUCAUGACUGUUUUAGAUUUAAGCUGCUAUCGUUGGGGGAUGGAGAAAAAGGCAUUUUCUAUAGAGAAUAGAUAAUGAGCAUCAUGAGAGCCUUGUUACGUCAAAAGGCCAUUAAUCAGCUUGAUUAAAUGGGUGACUGAUUGAUUAGUCUAUCUCUCCAAAUUAGUAAAAAUAAGUAUCUUUGUUUGACCUUUAAAAUGCCUUCAAAAAUAUUACAUGAACUAUUUGGUGAGAAAAGAAACUACCUCAAUGUUCAUUUUGUGGUUAUUGGAGUGUUAGAGGGAAGCACACUGAGGUGGAAGAACUAAAUUAUGGUCUGAUUUGCUCGUUCACUGGGUGAAGGAUUCUUUUUAUCCUUGUUGAAAACUGGGUCAAGUUAUGAUUAUUUACUUUUCAUCUCUUUGGUGCUUUUAAAGGAAUUGUUUCCCUGGUGUCCCUGUCCAUCCUCUCCUAUGAGCGUUACACCACCGUGCUGUGCUCCUCAAAGGUCGACAUGUCUGACUUCAGGAAGGCCUGGUUUUGUGUCGGAGGCUCCUGGCUCUACUCCCUCCUCUGGACCCUCCCGCCCCUCUUAGGUUGGAGCAGCUACGGGCCUGAAGGACCAGGAACUUCAUGUUCUGUCCAGUGGCACCUUCGCUCUCCUAUGAGCAUCUCCUAUGUGCUGUGUCUCUUUGUCUUCUGUCUGCUGCUGCCCCUCCUGCUGAUGAUUUACUCUUAUGGACGGAUCCUGGUGGCAAUUAGGAAGGUGAGCUCAUGCUGGUCUGCUGCUGUGUAGACAGGAAUAUGUUAUUUUUGUUGGCUUACAAACACCAGACACUUUCUAUUAUUAACCCUCAAACAUAGAAACUAUUUCACUUCAUGUACAUGAACUUAGAAAGGCAUGGAGAAAAUUACACUGUCUCAGACGAACUCUAGCCACUUCCAUGCUGAAUGUUAUUUAUAUUCAAAGAGUCUAUGUCUGAGACAACAGAGAAAUGUGUUGUCAGUUACGUCUCCAUGCUCUGUCUGUAAUUUCACACCUUUAAUGACACACGGAUGUUUCACAUUUUCACUGCCAUCAGGAUCUUUUUCUGUCGCAUAUUAAUUUCCUUUAAGAAAUCUAAGUUCAUCUAGCGUUUUAAUUUAAAAUGACAUAAACACUGACUCACUGUUGCAUAUAUGAAGCAGUCCUUUUCUCAGGUAUGUAGGUGAAUGACAUCAUGUCUAUCUGCAAACCUCCACUGAUUCUUAAACAGUCUUUAAUGAACACUGAUGCCUCCAUAUAUCCUACUUAAGCAAGCAAGACCAUCAGCGACAGGUUUACUCAUUUCCAGAUAAUUAAAUUGAAUACUGUUGGCAACUUUACAUGAACUUGCCUUUGUUGACAUUGCCCCCGCCUCCUAAAAAGAUUCCCUGCAGGUGGCAUGUUUGAUUGUUAAUAAAGUACAAUAAGAUUUUUUCAUAAGGAAACACAUUUUUCACAUGUAUGGGACAAAUACGAGGUACUACUCCAUCCACAGGGGGCGCCAAAUACAAGAGUUUAAAAUGAGCUCUGUUGAGGCUUUAAAGAUGGCAAGCUGUGUUUAAAGAUUAUGUCAGAAUCCCACUAAAACUUACUUAUGUGUCUGUGUGGUAAUAAUCAAAGGGCGUUAAGCAAACCUUUAUAACCCACUCCGACGAAAAUCAUGUUUCUCUUGUUGUCUACGUGGUUAUAUGGCAUUUUUCUGUUGCUAGAGGACAUAUCAUGAGAAGAGUAAGUGCAAAAUUGCAUUUCUGGAACAGGAGCUGUAUUCGUGGAACGAGUGUGUGUGUUAGCGGAUCAGAAUGCUCAUAAGAAAGGUAAUUAUAAUACUUAAUUUCAUCAAGUUCCCAAAGACAUUAGUGUCUGAAAGCUGAAUAGCUCCUAUGUUACCUUCCACUUCUCGUCACCCUAUUAAAAUAAUGGCCUAAGUCAUUUUUUGACGAGGAUGAGUUUUUGGUCUGAAUCAUCUCUUGAUAAUGCUGGCCAUCUCUUGUAAAAUCACCUAAAUCCGUAGUUGAAAGGAUCAUGCCACAUUUUACUACACCGGCAAUGUUAGGCUGCAAGCUAGCGUGAAGAGGAGUGUGCAGAGCAGCGCCGUCUCCACCCACAACUUAAAGGUGAAUUGCUAAUGAGCUGCUGGAGCUCUGCAGAAGAAAAGCCCUUAAAAAUUACACAGGUAACGUGAUUUUGGCUAAAAACUUCAUAAUCACAAUUUAAAGAACACUGAUAACACUCUAAGUAGUAAAAAAAAAAGGGCUGGAGUGGGACUUCAAAGCCACAGACCUGUGUUAAAAAAAGCUUUCAAUCAAUUUUUCCAGAAGGAAAGAAGCUACAGGCAAAAUCUUCAAGGGUUAAAGUGAGGCACUGGUUGCAUUCUUUAGGGGCAGUGACUCAUCCCUUUCAUAGUCGCUGUUACAUAAACCUGCCAGUCACUCAAAUAAUUGACAAUUAAAGACCCUCAAUUGGUGUUGGCCCCCUUUGCACUUUGUAGUCUCUACUCCUAUCCAUGAAUCAACCAGAGGAUAUUUUUAGACAUGGAACCAACCCGUCACUAUUGGAUACUGGCUAUUAUAUAAGCACCACUAUGCUGUUUUUUUUUUACACCCAGGGGACACAGAGCAGAAAGGAGCUUUGCAGACUUGAUUAACUUACCAGUGAGUAUGGGGCUCAGACGUGCACUCGUCACCCUCCGAGCUGAGAGCCCACCUUGGGCUUUUCUUAGAAAUACAGCAAUCAGUCUGUACGCCUUCUGUUGGUCUCCCCAAGGUGGCUUAGAUGAGCACAUCAGAUAGACAGAUGGCAUUUGCAUCAACAGCAUCAAUGGGGGUCAAGCUUGGACUUUUUGUCUCUGUAUGACAGCGCUUUCUAUUUAUAAUGUUGCAUGUUUCCUCUUCAUUACCACUAAUUACAGACUUACUCUUCCUUAAGUUAUGGGUUAUUUUAUGUAGUGAGAAUAAUUUACAGAGUGUAAAAUAUUCAGUGAUACAGAAAUCAUGUUUGUAUAAUUUGGUCAGAAUAGUUGUUGCAUAACAGAAGGAUCAAAGAAAGGAGAGGUUAUGGCCUUUGGUCGUACAAGAUGAAGUAUUAUUGAGUGGGUAUAGGAUGUAAAUUGGCCAACAAGGCAGGUUUUUCUCUCUGGAGAGCUUCUUCUUCAAACAAACCCUUCCACUGAUGCAUGAGGCACCAUAAUGAGGAUCACAGUGUUAAUUACACAAGACAGUGACCACAGGGGCAUGUUGUUAACACUGAGGAGGGGGGGCAGUAACCUCAGAGGGGAUACUGUUGUAUAUAUUUGCCUUAUGGCAUGUUGUCAAUGGGCUAAUUUUAGCCCGUGGCAACAUACCUGAGUACAUCAAGAGUAACCAGUGAGACAGACCAAUUAAAAUAGCAUACCAAGCAGAUUGUUAGAAUGCAAGUCUGCACACAAGCAAAAAAAAAAAUAUAUAUAUAUAUAUAUAUUUUAUUUUUUAUUUUUUCAUGGAUAUGCAACCAACCAAAGGAACAAAGUGCAUGAACAGCUUUCAACUGCUGGGCUUUCUUUUAGGCAUAUUACACAGGAUAAUUUCGAGCCACAUCAAUCAAUCAAUCGAUCAAAUUUGAUUUAUACAGCGUCAAGUCACAUCAUUCAUGGGAAAUGAAAUAUUUGACAGUAUGUUCAAUAGUGGAUUGGCUGCAAUCACCUUCAUCAUUCAACAUCCAUAAGAUAAAUAGUUUCAAUUAGCCCAUAGGUGCCAUGGAAACUUUUCAACCUUACUUGUUGAUUCUGUGGUGUUGCUAACGCUGUGUGCAGAAUUUCACAAUGAGCUAUUAGACAAUAUAAAUAUAGACCAAAUGUAGAUAGUGACAUGUUGAAUGUGUGUUUCAUCAGGUGUAACCACUGCACUGCUUUCUCUGACAGGUGGGCAAAAUCAAUCUUCUCUCAGCGCAGCGCAGAGAGCAGCAUAUUUUGGUUAUGGUGCUGUCCAUGGUGUCUUGCUUCGUGUUGUGUUGGAUGCCCUACGGGAUCAUGGCGCUGAUGGUCACCUUUGGUGAGUCUGGAUUGGUCACCCCCAUCGCAAGCUCGGUGCCCUCAGUCUUGGCCAAGUUUAGCACUGUGGUCAACCCUGUCAUCUAUGUCUUCUUCAACAACCAGGUGAGAGCUUAGGCUGACCCACAUCUACUGUAUACAUCUCACAUAUUCAUGACUUUAAGUAUGUUAUGUAAACUUUGUUGGCUUGAGCACAGAUAAUGUCAGCUGGAGCUAAAAAAUAAAACAUGGAAGAAAACAGAGACAGUGUUUUAUCCAGAGGGGAGAACUCAGUGAUUCUCUGUGUCAUUGAUGCUCCAGUUCAGUCUCACUUAUCCUCCUGUUGCUCUCCUGUGGCUCUUCAUCACCACUUCACCGGUGCUAAAUGCAAUAGACCUGAUGGCAGAUCACAUCUGUUUGUUGAUAUCAGUGCUCCACUUAAUCAUUAUAAUUCAACACAAUACAAUAUCAUUUAAAUAUACAUUAUGAUAUAAAACAUUAUAAAACAUAAAAAACAAAUGCACUACUAUCCAUUACAAACCAAUGUGAUACAAUAAGAAGUGAUACAACAGUAAGAUACAAUAUAUGAAAGUAAUAAAGUAUGAUACAGACUGACAUAAUAUAAAAUAAAACAAUACAGUACAUUAUAGUACCAUACAAAACAAAACAAAAUGGUACGAUACAAGAUGAAAUGAUACUUAACGGUGUGAUAAAAGUGAGGCAAAAGAUAUGAAACAGUUCACUACCAUACGAAACAAAACAGUAUGAUAACAUCAGAUUCAGUGUAACACAACUGGAUAUACUGUAUUGUCCAGUGAAGGAUAUUUGUCUCAGUCUCAACUGUUAAUGAUUCAUUAUGAUAUGAUACAUCAUUACAUGAUACAUUGAGCUAUGGUGUGGUACUAUGCAUAUCACUGUAAUAGGAGUGUCUUGGUACAACUUUUUUACUUCCGAUACGAUACCGAUAUUGUCACCUUCAGUGUUAGCCGAUACCAAUAUUGAUCCAAAAUCGGCACAAAAUUGUGUUUUGCAAGUUUUGCACUCAGCUGCAACGUCUUUUUCGGACUUAAACAAAAAUAACUGCUACAUGGCCGACAUCACUCCUAUUCCUAGCUGCUUUGCUUAGUAGUAAGGUACAGUACGCAGUGUUGUUACGAGUACUCUGGGGGGCUCUGCAUGCUGGAUCCGGGCGCUGCCAUAUAGAGGUGCUGGAGCGAAGUCUGGAAUGGACUGCUUGUAUCGCAGUGCUGUUACCUGAGAUUUAAGAUGCAGGCUGAUAUGAUCCAAUGUUCAUUUUUUUGCUGAUAUCCGUUAUCAAUAUCAUAUCAAAACAUCCCUAAACUUUAAUGCCCCUGAAUUUACCCCAAGUGCUGUACACAUAUACAGUAACUCAUAUGAUCCAAUGCAUUGUAUUAUACUAUAUCAUACCAUGUAAUGUAAUUGUCUCCACAGAUUUUGUAUUGAGAGCUGCACACAUUCAGCCGUAUAUACAGAAGUAAUUAUGGAACAGUGUUGUAAUAAAGAUCUAUCAUUUUCAAGCAAUCGAUCCCUUGUUAUAUUGUUAAAUUGAUAUUGAUGUUAUUCCGUGUUAUAUUGAUAGCUUGGUGCCCUGUUGUCUUCACAAUCCAGGCUUACCUGAAAACGUUUUUUUUUUUUUUUCUUUCUUUUGCUUGAACAAAGUUUUACAGAUGCUUUGUGGCCUUGGUGAAGUGCAGCGGAGAGCCAGAGCCCAUUCAAGCAGAGGACCUCCAGACUCCACGGGCACAGCUUCCAGAUUUCUUUGCUGUUCGCAGACAAACUUCUCUCAGCUCCUCACAACCGCAGAUCCUCUACAGCCCUAGAAGUGAUGCACUCUGCAGCCAGCACAAUGACCAUCACAUUCUGGUUGUCCACUACACUCCAUAACAGCACUCCUCUGUUAAGCCUGACUGACUAUGAGUGUUAAAACAAGUGUCUUUCUUUUCCCAGAGAAGUUCAGCUCAGAGACAAAUACUUUUAAUCUUUCCAUCCAUCUAAAAGCUCAUGUUUUUGAUUUCACAAUGAAAUUAAUGUUCAUGUCCUAGUACUCUUUCACAUUUGAAUGUGAAGUCAGAGCCAUGAAGUCAAGCCGUUCAUUUUAUUUUCACAUGCUGACAUUUUAUAAUUGAAAUGUCAUUGUAAAGAUGGUUUUGGUAUGCUGAGAGACUCUGAGAAUGUAUGUGCAGUCGCUCAAAAAAUCGUACAUACCAAUUCAUGGCUUUCGUGGUUUAGACACAUUUUGAUACACCUACGUUUACUAAAAGUCAUACAGGUGUUUCAAGUGAUUUUAGUAAAACAUCCUGUUUUGAUGGCGAUCAAGACUGCUGAAUUCAGUAGCAUACUUAUCAGGGCUAUUUGAUACAGUGUUAAUGGUGAGAAAAAGCUUUUAUUUAAUAGAAAAAGAUAGUGGUGAGACGAUUAUAGUUGUUUCUUAUUAUUUUUAAUGCAUCACAUCGUCUUGUAUCUCUUGUAAACAUUAAAAGAACAAUAUAGAGGCGAUCAUCAGGAUUAUGUAUUUUUAUAUCGUUGUUUGAUAUUAUGUAUAUUGAGUGUGAUAAUAAAUGUGAGUCCUGUAUGUUCUCUGUCUGUACAGUUAUAUAAGCACUUGAGAAUAUUUUUAACCACUAGAUGAGGCUGUGAGCUUUUGAAGAGUUUCCUUGGUGUCGGUACAUCUGCGGUCUCUUCAGAGUGUGAACAUCAUCACAGAAAUCUCACAGAGUUGUUCCAUUUACUUGCUAUUUAGGACAGCGUGUGUGGAUAUUUCUGAAAGGAAAAGAGAGAGAAAGACAGAAAGAAGUGUCAGCAGGUCUGUUAACUCUCAAUGGAACUGCGAAAAUAGUAUGUCUUACAUAACCUCAGUACUUUUACCGGGAAUAAUACUGCCAAAUUUACACGGUUUAGAGUAUGUUAGUCACAUUUAAGAGGUUUAUAACAUACUGAAUUACUAAUUUGAACAAAAUGUUAUAUAUUUCACAAUUCUGUUUUUGUUUUUUUUACCUUAAUUAAGACAUGACUUUAUAAAA